GCUUCCUGUGACCAGCUUACCUUAGCUUCAGGUUACGUCUCCGCCGCUGCCGCCGCCGUUGAGCAGUUUCUCCGUGACAGACAGGCAACCGGCAGCUUUCCGAGUCGCCUCUUCUACCUUUUGAGAACCACCGGAGGAAUAAAAUGACUUUGCCGUCGAGGAUUUAACGAGUUUGUGGAACUAGUUGAAGACUUUGAAGCCCCCCCCCCCCCCCCACCACCACCACCACCACCUGUCAAUCAUGAGGAGCAGGAGCAACUCCGGGGUUAAGCUGGACAACUAUGCCCGCAUGGUGCAGCAGACGAUCCUCAGACACCAGGAUCCAGUAACGGGUCUUCUGCCGGGCAGCGCGGAUCAGCCUCACUCCUGGGUCAGAGACAACGUGUACUGCGUCCUGUCCGUGUGGGCCCUCAGUCUGGCCUACAGGAAGAACGCCGACCGGGACGAGGACAAGGCCAAGGCCUACGAGCUGGAGCAGAGUGUGGUGAAGCUGAUGAGAGGCAUCCUUCAGGGCAUCAUGAGGCAGCUGGAUAAGGUGGAGAAGUUUAAAUACAGCCGCAGCACCUCCGACUCGCUCCACGCCAAGUACAACACCAGGACCUGCGCUCCGGUCGUCGGGGACGACGAGUGGGGUCACCUGCAGGUCGACGCCACCUCGCUGUUCCUGCUCUUCCUCGCCCAGAUGACCGCGUCAGGUCUCCACAUCGUCUACACUCAGGAUGAGGUCGACGUCGUUCAGAACCUGAUGUUCUACAUUGAGACGGCCUACAAAGUGGCCGAUUAUGGGAUGUGGGAGAGAGGGGACAAAACCAACCAGGGCAUCACUGAGAUCAACGCCAGCUCUAUCGGCAUGGCCAAGGCGGCUCUGGAGGCUUUGGACGACCUCAACUUGUUUGGAGCGAAAGGCGGACCGGGAUCAGUGGUGCACGCUUUGGCUGACGACAUCCAGCACUGCCAGUCCAUCCUCACGUCCAUGUUGCCCAGAGCCUCCAUGUCUAAAGAGGUGGACGCCGGCGUCCUCGCCAUCAUCUCGUAUCCCGCCUUCGCCGUGGACGACAUCAGCAUCGUCAACGCCACCAAGGAGGAGAUCAUCUCCAAGCUGCAGGGUCGAUACGGCUGCUGCCGGUUCCUCAGGGACGGACACAAAACACCCAAAGAGGAUCCAAACCGACUUUAUUACGAGUCGGCCGAACUGAAGCUGUUCGAGAACAUCGAGUGCGAGUGGCCGCUGUUCUGGACCUACCUCAUCCUGGACGGCAUCUUCAUCAACAGCCCCGAGCAGGUGCAGGAGUACCAGGAGGCUCUGGAGGGCAUCCUCAUCAAACAGAAAGACGGUCUUCAGCUGGUGCCGGAGCUCUACAGUGUCCCCCCAGACAAGGUGGAGGAGGAGUACAUGAACCCCCACUCUGUGGAGAGGGUCCCGCUGGGUAAAUGUCCCCUGAAAUGGGGCCAGUCUCUGUACAUCCUGGGGAACCUGCUGUCCGAGGGAUUUCUCGCCCCCGGAGAGAUCGACCCCCUCAACCGCCGCUUUUCCACCGUCCCCAAGCCCGACGUGGUGGUCCAGGUGUCGAUCCUGGCCGAGACGGAGGAGAUCAAAGAGCUGCUGCUGAAGAACGGCGUCGCCGUGGAGACCGUCGCCGACAUCCACCCCAUCCACGUGCAGCCCUCCCGAGUGCUCAGCCACAUCUACGCCCGACUCGGUCGCAACCCCAGACUGGGUCUGACGGGGCGGCCCUACCGGAGGAUCGGGGUCCUGGGGACCUCCAAGUUCUACACCAUCAGGAACACCAUCUUCUCCUUCACCCCGCAGUUCAUCGACCAUCAGCAGUUCUAUUUGGCGCUGGACAACAAGAUGAUCGUUGAGAUGUUGCGGACGGAGAUCGCCUACCUGGCGUCCAGGUGGAGGAUGACCGGGAGGCCGACCGUCACCUUCCCCGUCUCUCAGACGAUGCUGACUGAAGACCACACGGACCUGGACCCGGCGGUGUUGGCGACACUGAGGAAGCUGCAGGACGGAUAUUACGGAGGAGCGCGGAUCCAGACCGGGAAGCUGUCGGAGUUCUUGACCACUUCCUGUUUCGCUCACCUGAGCUUCCUGGACGGUAAGGGUUCUGGCAGCAUGAGCCGCCACGUCGAUGAUGACGAUGAUGACGAUGAUGAGGGUGACGCCGAUGGAUACGUGCAUGAGUUACGUUGUGAUGAUGAGGCCGACGACCUCGCCCAGUACCUGGACCACCUGUUGGCUCACGCCGCCCCCAAGAAGCCCAAGCAGCCGGCGGGCGGUCUGGGCCGGUUCAAGGCCGCGGCCACCAAAACCAAGGACAUGGUGUCUCUGAAGAACAAGGCCCAGGACCUCGGCGUGCACAACUUCAACAUGUACCUGCCCAACAAGCUGUUCCGCUCGCCGCAGCCCUCCCUCGACCUGAACCUGCCAGACUCCUCGGCGCCGCCAGAACCUCGGGCUCCGGAGGCGACGUCCUCAAUAGACGGCGGCGUCCCCAGAGACGGCGCCGGCGGCGUCAACUACGGCGCGUUGGUCCAUCUGCUGAAAGACACGCAGAGCCUCCAGGCGCAGGCCGACAUCCUCUACAUCCUCUUCAAAGACAAGGGCAUGGACUGGGACACCCGUCUCCACGGCAACGGCUCCACGGUGAGAUCUCUGCUGUCCGACCUCUACGAGAAGGCGGGCGAGCUCAAACACUGGAGCCUCAUCAGGAUGAUCUCCGGCAUGCUGAGGAAGAAGGUGGAGGAGCUCGACUCGGCCUGCUCUGAUUUGCUGGCGCAUCAGAAGCACCUGACGGUGGGCCUGCCCCCUGAGCCCAGGGAGAAAACCAUCUCCGCUCCGAUACCUCCGGACCAGCUGGCCGCCCUCAUCGACGAGGCCAGCGGCAACAACAUCAGCGUGGCCAUACUCACUCAGGAGAUCAUGGUGUACCUGGCGAUGUGCAUCAGGACUCAGCCCAGCCUCUUCAGCGAGAUGUUCAGGCUCCGGAUUGGUCUCAUCAUCCAGGUGAUGGCCACCGAGCUGGCCCAGUCACUCAACUGCUCAGGGGAGGAGGCCACAGAGAGUCUGAUGAGUCUCGGUCCGUCCGAGCUGAAGAACCUCCUCCAUCACAUCCUCAGUGGGAAAGAGUUCGGCGUGCAGCGCAGCGUUAGAGAGCUGGAUGUCGGCGUCAGUCCCGCCAUCUCCAUCCAUCACCUUGGCAACGUGGGCGCCACCAAGAGCGAGAGAGCCGGCAUCAGCAAGCUGAAGAGCGACAUGAAGAUGGGCGUGCGGUCGCAGUCGCUCGACGUACAAACCUUCGAAUCCGGGAGGCACAGGACGCAGUCCAUAGAAUCUCUGGACAUUCCGGAGUUCCUGCCGGUCGCCACGGAUACGAGACACGGCCAAUGGCUGCGCAGGAGGCGCCUGGACGGAGCGCUGAACCGGGUCCCCGUCGGCUUCUACCAGAAGGUCUGGAGGAUCCUGCAGAAGUGCCACGGUUUGUCCAUCGAAGGGUUCGUCCUCCCGUCCUCGACCACCAGAGAGAUGACGCCGAGGGAGAUCAAGUUCUCGGUCCACGUGGAGACGGUCCUGAACCGCGUCCCCCAGCCCGAGUACCGGCAGCUGCUGGUGGAGGCCAUCCUGGUGCUCACCAUGCUGGCCGACGUGGACAUCCCGAGCAUCGGCUCCAUCAUCCACGUGGAGAAGAUCGUCCAGCUGGCCAACGACAUGUUCCACAAGGACCAGAGGGACCUGGGAGCCGAGGAGCGCAUGCUGGAGCGGGACCCGUCCACGGGCGUGUGCCGGCUGCUGUACGACAGCGCCCCCAGUGGCCGCUUCGGGACCAUGACCUACCUCACCAAGGCCGUGGCGGCGUACGUGCAGGACUUCCUGCCCGCCGGGUCGUGUGCGGUGCAGUGAGGCGACGACCCGACCCGACCCGACCCCCCCCACCCCCACCAGAAAAGGGGUGAAACCACUCGGCACACAUUAGGCGCUCUACGGAGUCUUUUUGUUCAUUUUGCAUCUUUUUGUGGUCUUUGUGUUUAUUUUUUUGGUGGUUUUACGUCUCUUUGUGGUCUUUUUUGUCUUUUUUGUAUCACUUUGUAGACAUUCUGCAUGCCUUUUGUAGAGGUGCUGUGUCUCUUUGUGGUCGUUUUUGCUUCUCUUUGACUUCCAGCCAGGGUUACUAUCAUCAGGCUUCUGAUAUUUGUUGGUUUUGGUCUUUUAAAUAACUUUGUCCACAAUAAAUUAAAAAAAACAACUAGAAAACCACCAGACUUCUCUUUAAAGUAGAAGAUAUAUUAAAUUCUUAUUACCUGUCAUCAAGCAUCACUUUACCUCCAGCUACGAUGUAUAAAAUAAUAUGACAUAAUCUACUGACUAUUUAUUUUACAGCUCUGAAAUGAUAAUUAAAGGAAGCUUGAAAAGAAAGAAAUGUCUUAACGAGGACGCAGGUUUAUUUGUGUGUGUGUGUGUGUGUGUGUAACUAUGCAAAAAUAACAGACUUAAAGAUUGUGUAAAAAAAAAAAAAACUUAUUUUUUUAACACAAAGAACUUUUAUUGUGGUAAUUAACGAGUUAUUUUUGAAUGCAAUAAAGGAAACGUCCGAAUUUACUGCUUUCAUCGGCUAAACUUUGUUUUUUGUUUUUUUAUUAGAAGAUGAGAAUCAACAAUCGUGACGUCAUCAUUGAAUUAAAGUCUGUUUCCGUGUCACGAGACAACAAUAUGAACAACUGUUGGAGGCUCUUCUUGUUUUUUAGAUUAAAUUCUGUAAUAAAACUGAGAAAACACGUC